CGAGCAGACUCUCUCCGUUGUGGUAUCGCGAUCUCUGAGCUGGCUCAUCCUUUUCCUUCUGCAGGACAUCCCAUCAACAUCAUCCCUUCAGCGGCACCUCGACCGACGCCUUUGGCCCAUGCCGUCUCACACACACGUUUACAGCGAAAACGACCUCUUCGCAAAGCAUCUUGCGAGCCAUCGUAGCUCCCUUCGCUGCACCCGGUCUUCCUAGUCCAGCGCGCAACCCCAGACCGUUGGUGCAGUGACGCCCCCAGCCGCUCUUCGGCUCCCUGGGCCCCGCCAUGGAGAGCGCAGCGCAAGCCCUCAGCCAUGUCCACGACCUGUACGUCCGCUCCGGCGGCAUUGCCCCUUCGGGCACACAGAGGCCGCCGGCGUUCAAGGCGAUCGGCAUAGGGUUGGCGGUGGGAUCGGGAGCCUUCAUUGGGACCUCGUUCGUGCUCAAGAAGGUCGGGCUGCUGAAGGCCAACGAGAAGUACAACGAAGUCGCCGGCGAAGGGUACGGAUACCUCAAGAACUUCUACUGGUGGGCCGGCAUGAUCCUCAUGAUCCUGGGCGAGGGCCUCAACUUUGCCGCCUACGCUUUUACGGAUGCCAUCCUGGUCACGCCGCUGGGGGCGCUUUCGGUCGUCAUUACCACCAUUCUCUCGGCCAUCUUCUUGAAGGAGCGCCUGAGCCUGGUCGGUAAAGUCGCUUGCUUCCUGUGCAUCGUCGGCUCCGUGGUCAUCGUCAUGAACGCGCCCGAGUCGUCGUCGGUCAGCAACAUUCAGGAGAUGCAGGGUUUUGUCAUUCACCCGGCAUUCCUGACAUACGCUGGCGUCAUCAUUGUGGGCUCCGCGAUCGCCGCCUUCUGGCUCGGCCCAAAGUAUGGGAGCAAGAACAUGCUGGUAUACAUCUCCAUCUGCAGCUGGAUCGGCGGCCUUAGCGUCGUUGCGACCCAGGGACUGGGCGCGGCCAUCGUUGCGCAGGCGAGCGGUACGCCGCAGUUUAAUCAGUGGUUUCUCUACGUCCUGCUGGUUUUCGUCAUCGGGACGCUCCUGACCGAGAUCAUCUUUCUGAAUAAAGCGCUCAACAUCUUCAACGCCGCCCUGGUUACGCCCACAUACUACGUUUACUUCACGACUACAACCAUCAUCAGCUCGGCCGUCCUGUUUCGAGGUUUCAAGGGGACUCCGACCUCCAUCGUCACGAUGGUCAACGGGUUCUUGACCAUCUGCGCCGGUGUUGUCCUGCUUCAGCUGUCCAAAUCCGCCAAGGACGUCCCCGACGCUGCCGUAUUUUCUGGAGACUUGGACCAGAUCCACACCAUCGCCGAGCAGGAACAGCCGGAAACGGAGCCCAAGGCGGAUGCCAUCAGGGGCACGGCCGCCAUCGUCAGGAGGUUGUCUUCUGCCAGACAGAAGAUGGAGCUUGACGAACUCAAGCGGAUGCACGAAGAGAAGCUCCAGGAGAGCCUCGCACCCGUGACCGAGAACGGCGCGCCUCAGUACGAGUGGGACGGGAUCAGGCGCCGGCGGACCACGACCUUCAGCACCCACAGAUCCAGAACAGGCACUCCAGGGUCCACCCACCUCGCGCCGCCGACACCACACCCGCCCCUAGGCUGGUCGCACUUCCCGACGGAGGAGGAGCUGGCCGAAGCAAACAGGCCCAUCUCCCCGGCCCUGUCCAGCAUCGUCGGCACCAUCCGCACGAGAGCACGCAGCGUCCUCCUCCCCGGCCAUCCCGACUUCCGUCCCAAAACCCCCGACGCCAACAAGGUACAGAGCCCGAUGCACCCCGUCCAGCUUACCUCCGUCGCCGUCGCCGGCUCCAAACCCGCCACGUCGACCGACGACUACGACACCCCGCCAGGCACCGCCAGCUCCUCGGCCCGCCGCAUCCAGUUCGGCGGCCUUCCUACCCGCAACAUCUCGGACGCCAGCAAAGAGGAGGACGCCUCCUCCGUCCCACCAACCCCGCCCCCGCACGCCACCGCGCGCCGCCAGUUCUCCUUCCAGAGUAUGUUCAGACGCCACCAGCACGACAGCCGAACCACCAGCAGCAGGGACGGCGCACCGGCCGAUCGCCACCGUCCGGGCUCAUCCCGCCCGACCUCCUCCCGCCACGGCAUCUCCUCGCGGGGGUAUUCUAGUCCGCAUGUCCACGGCGCGACCGAGGAGGAGACCCUGGGGCUGGUCCAAGGAGAUUCCAACGCCUCGGGCACCGACGAGCUGUCGGUUCCCGCUUUGCGGAGAUACGCUGGUGAUGACGACGAUGGUGAUGACAACAACGACCACCUUGACCAUAACAACAACCACGGCCGUGAGUAUCAUAGCGACAAGGACGACGACGACGACGACGACGACGACGACGACGAAGAUGACGGGGGGUACGCUAGAAAGGGGUAUCGCGGCGACGGGGACCGCGCGGGCGCGUCCCGGCUGUACGGGCACAGCAUCACCAGGGGGUAUACCGCCGCUCCGAGGAGGACGAGUGUGCCGAGGUCAUGGCGUAGAGAUGAGGAACAUGACAUGAUUGGGUUGGGUUUGGGGGUGGAUGAGAAGCGCGCCGGCGAGGUCCGGCAAGAGAAGGAGGAGAAGAGGGGGAGGUCACGCAAGAGGGGAGGAACUCGGGAUGCCGGUCUUGAUGACCGGUCGCGCAGCGCUGGCGAAGAGGAAGAUAAGCCGCCGCCGCCGCCGCCUCAUGGAGGGACGUAUCGAGGGAAACCGGGUGCUUUCAUAUAAGGGGCCGAGUUUCCUCUUUUUGUUGUGUUAUAACGGGAUCGCGCGGGCGUGGCAUGACGACAUGACGUUUGAACGAGAAGGGCCCUUUUGGUGGCCUAUACAAGACAUCUCGAACAUUUCCUG